GUAACUGUUAGUUUACUGUUAUUUGCCAAUGUCGUUUGAAACCGUUUAUAAUGUUGAUAUGACGUGCGAGUCGUGCGUUGAUAGUGUCAAAAAAGCCCUGGGGGAAGUCCCAGGGUUGGAGAGGUUUGACAUUGAUCUCAACAAGAAACUCGUGAGCGUUACCGGUAUUGCAGCACCGUCAACCAUCAUUCAGGCAAUCCAAGACACCGGCCGUGAAGCUAUCAUCAGAGGAACUGGUAAGCCGAACUCCGCGGCAGUCGCCAUCUUGGAAACCUUUAGAGGUGAAGCUGAACCCGUCAAGGGCCUCGCAAGAAUGGUAUCCAUCGGGGAUAACAAGUUACUGGUUGAUAUUACCCUUAGCGGGCUGCCAACUGGUACGUAUAAACCAUCUUUCAGAGCUUCAGGAAACAUUUCGAAGGGAGCAUUGACCACUGGAGACUCUCUUUUCAAGUUUGAAGACGUGAAGGUGGAUCAAACAGGCAGCGGACAGAGCUUCCAAAGCGCACCUAUGAACGUUGCAGAUCUCAUCGGGCGGUCGUUUGUAGUUGUUGAAGAGAAGCAGGAGUUGAAGGAUGCCCUUGCCGGUGUCAUUGCCAGAAGCGCUGGAGUAUGGGAAAACGAUAAACAAGUCUGUAGCUGCUCUGGUAAGACCGUCUGGCAAGAGCGUCAAGACGCGCAUGCCCAUGGAUUGAAGGUAUGAGCGAUCACCUCGAGAGAAAUGUUCUAACAUGGACUGCAUUAAUUAAUUGAUAUGUAAUGUUUUAUGUCAAGUACUUAAUAUAUAAA